GCACCCAACAUGUCAUGUUCCCAUCAUAUGCAGGGCCUCCUGGGUUUGCUCCACCCAUGGGCUUUGCUCAAGGUGCUGGUCUUCCAGUUCCUGCUCUGCCUAGAGCACUUGGUUCUUUCCCAGUCAGCAUGCCUGCCACAUCUGCAGCAUCUGGACAGAUGGCUGUUCCUAGUGUUACUGGUGUUCCAAGAAAUUCUGUUUUACUAGUCACCAACCUCAACCCUGAAGCCAUCACACCAGAUGGACUUUUCAUCCUGUUUGGUGUGUAUGGCGAUGUGCAUCGUGUGAAGAUCAUGUUUAAGAAAAAAGAAAAUGCUUUGGUUCAGAUGGCAGAUGCAGCCCAGGCUCAAUUAGCUAUCACCUACUUGAAUGGACAGAGGCUUUAUGGAAGGACCCUCCGUGCUACUCUUUCGAAACAUCAGACAGUUCAGCUUCCUUAUGUGGGACAAGAUGACUACGGUCUGACAAAGGACUAUAGCAAUAGCCCUUUACAUCGCUUUAAGAAGCCUGGCUCCAAGAACUUCCAAAAUAUCUUUCCUCCAUCUGCCACCUUGCAUCUCUCCAACAUCCCGCCUUCUGUUACGGUUGAUGAUCUGAAGAACCUUUUUGCAAGUACUGGAUCUACUGUGAAAGCCUUCAAAUUCUUCCAGAAGGAUUACAAAAUGGCUCUUAUCCAGCUGGGCUCUGUGGAAGAAGCAGUUCACGCUCUCAUUGCGCUUCAUGAUCAUGACCUUGGAGAAAACCAUCACCUCCGAAUUUCCUUCUCAAAAAUCUACAACUUGACCGUUCAGUGA